GAAGCACGAGGUGGCGAUCUUACAAAAUGAACCUCGACACUUCGACUCCCCACAAUAUGGACCAAUGCGCCUACCCUAACGACUCACAAGAAAGAAAGAAACUACGCAAUCGCUUAUCUCAACAAGCGUUCCGGCGUCGACAAGCAGAGUCCAUCAGGGAGCUACGGAGUCUCGUCGAUGCUAAUCAAAAGCCAGACAAUGAGCGAAUUGAAGCUCUCCAACGCGAGAACAGCGUUCUGCGUGCGCAGCUCGUCGACGUACAGAAUAAAAUGUCGAGACUGUUAGCUACCGUUCAGACCAUGUCGGAGUCUGUAUCGAAGACUCUGGAUGAAGCUGCCUCCAUGAGCAAGGAGAGUGAGAAGGACGCCCCUGAGCCACAAGAAUCUUCCUUUGAGACGCCGGUCAGCUUUUCAAGUCCCAGCUGCUGGCUGACUGCCGAUGAAACAUUCGCACCGGAACCGUUGGAUAAUGGCGCCGGUGUAAACAAAUCUCCUGCGCCUCUGACCGUAUCACUUCAAGACAUUGAGCUCCACAAUGGGCCGAAUUUGGGCAUUGUCGAAGCUGGUCCUUUAUACGAGCAGAUUCCGAAGAUAUGGGAUUUCGGGUACCAAAUGGGUCCCCAAUCUUAUAUGAAUGCCAUCAGUUCAUCGGAAAAGUCUAUGGCUAUUCUUGGGAAACGAUGGGCACCUUCAAAUUCCCCGUUUUCCGAUCACAUCAAUGUCCUUCAGCUAUUUCUAAAGGACAAACUCAACAGAACAGGAUUGAUAACAAGUCCUCAAAGCCUAGCGCGAAGCCUGUAUCAGCCAAUCCUGAUGGCCCUGUCAAUGUUCAAUAGCAUGGCACGACCCCACAUGAUGGAUUGGUAUGCUAAAACACGAUACUUCCACACUAUUGAUCUCACAGCUUGGCAAAUCUACCCGUCAUUGAGUACCUUUGGAAGGCUCCACGAGAGAUUUCGACCAACAGACAUCCAGGCAACUAACCAACACCCCCGAGCAAUCGAUUGGAUCGCAUUCCCCUCUGUACGAGAUCGCCUUAUUCAACUUCAUGCCGCCAAUCCGCAAAUUGACCAAAUAUUUUGCGACGUUGUCAACAGCUAUGUGGUCGAGGCCAAGAUGUCCGACCUAAUACAGGGAGCUCCAGCCUUGGACGUCUACGUCCGCGUCACCGAUUUAGUUUCAGGAAUGUCCUCGCUGGAUGAGAUUGAAAACGACCUGGACAAGACCCUUCCGGCACCAGAUGCUGCAUCCCUGUUUACUGUGGGAAAAUAUGCUCGCGCUGCUUUCCGGUAUCUCAACAUGGAUCGAGGUCCAUCUUUUUACAAGGUUGAACCAUCGUUGUUUGGCAAAUACCCGGAACUAUAUGACCACAACGUCGAUAUUAUGGCGGCCGGAAUUCCUUUGAAGCCUGACCUGCAACUUACUCUGACCCCUCCGAAGCCACUUGACUUCCCUACGGCUGAGACGUAUUACAGUUUUAUUGACUUCUACCUUGAUUCCAUUGAUAGUUUUUGAUGUAUGGUCGGUAUUACUACUCGAAGAGAUCCCGAGCACCCACUUAGCUAGAUUGAAUAUACUUCAUCAAGGGAGAUGCACGGUCGUGAAAAUCACGAUCAACA